CCGCAACGGCAGAUCGCGAGCGACUUUCCGAGGGAAGGUGAGCGUAGCUGAGGAGCUGCCGACGAGCGUUUACCGGCGCGGCUUGAGCGAGUCCUUCCCGUUCGCGUAGCAGGAACCAUGUCGGGUAAAGCGCCUGCCAUCGGCAUCGACCUGGGCACCACGUACUCCUGCGUGGGGGUUUUCCAGCAUGGGAAAGUGGAGAUCAUCGCCAACGACCAAGGCAACCGCACCACCCCCAGCUACGUCGCCUUCACGGAUACCGAGCGCCUCAUUGGCGACGCGGCCAAGAACCAGGUGGCCAUGAACCCCAACAACACCAUCUUCGACGCCAAGCGCCUCAUCGGGCGCAAAUUCAACGACCCCACCGUCCAGUCGGACAUGAAGCACUGGCCUUUCUGCGUGGUCAGCGAGGCGGGCAAGCCCAAGGUGCAGGUCGAGUACAAGGGCGAGGUGAAGACCUUCUUCCCAGAGGAGAUCUCCUCCAUGGUCCUGACCAAGAUGAAGGAGAUCGCAGAGGCGUACCUGGGCCGCAAAGUGCAGAGCGCUGUCAUCACCGUGCCUGCCUACUUCAAUGAUUCCCAGCGCCAAGCCACCAAGGACGCUGGCACCAUCACCGGCCUCAACGUCUUGCGGAUCAUCAACGAGCCCACUGCGGCGGCCAUCGCCUACGGCUUGGACAAAAAAGGCAGUGGGGCCGGGGAGAAGAACGUGCUGAUCUUCGACCUGGGCGGCGGCACCUUUGACGUGUCCAUCUUGACCAUCGAAGAUGGCAUCUUUGAGGUGAAGUCCACCGCUGGGGACACCCACCUGGGGGGCGAAGACUUUGACAACCGGAUGGUGAGCCACUUUGUGGAGGAGUUCAAGCGCAAGCACAAGCGGGACAUUGCCGGCAACAAGCGGGCCGUCCGGCGGCUCCGCACGGCCUGCGAGAGGGCCAAGCGCACCCUCAGCUCCUCCAGCCAGGCCUCCAUCGAGAUCGACUCCUUGUUUGACGGGAUCGACUUCUACACCUCCAUCACCCGGGCCCGCUUUGAGGAGCUCAACGCCGACCUCUUCCGCGGCACCCUGGAGCCCGUGGAGAAGGCCCUGCGGGACGCCAAGCUGGACAAAGGGCAGAUCAACGAGAUUGUGCUGGUGGGAGGCUCCACUCGGAUCCCCAAAAUCCAGAAGCUGCUACAGGACUUUUUCAAUGGCAAAGAGCUCAACAAAAGCAUCAACCCCGACGAGGCUGUGGCCUACGGGGCUGCCGUGCAGGCUGCCAUCCUGAUGAGGCUGACAAAGUCGGGAAGAGGCGAUGCAGGACUUGCUGCUUGCUGGUGGCCCCUCUGUCGCGCCCAGGCAUCCGAGGACAGCCAGCGAGAGGUGAUGACGGCUCUGAUCAAGCGCAACACUACCAUUCCCACCAAGCAGACGCAGACCUUCACCACCUAUUCAGACAACCAGAGCAGUGUCCUGGUGCAGGUGUACGAAGGCGAGCGAGCCAUGACAAAGGACAACAACCUGCUAGGCAAGUUCGACCUGACGGGGAUCCCACCGGCUCCUCGGGGCGUGCCCCAGAUUGAGGUCACCUUUGACAUCGACGCCAACGGCAUUCUCAAUGUCACCGCCGUGGACAAGAGCACCGGCAAAGAGAACAAGAUCACGAUCACCAACGACAAGGGCCGCCUCAGCAAAGACGACAUCGACCGCAUGGUGCAGGAGGCGGAGCAUUACAAGGCCGAGGACGAGGCCAACCGGGAGCGGGUGGUGUCCAAGAAUGCCCUCGAAUCCUACGUGUACAACAUCAAGCAGACGGUGGAGGACGACAAGCUGAAAGGCAAGAUCGCCGACCAAGACAAGCAGAAGGUCGUGGAGAAGUGCCAAGAAGUGAUCAGCUGGCUGGAUCGCAACCAGAUGGCGGAGAAGGAGGAGUAUGAACACAAGCAGAAGGAACUGGAGAAGCUCUGCAACCCCAUCAUUACCAAAUUGUACCAGGGGGCUGGAGCUGCAGGGGCCCCGGGUGGUGGCCCCACCAUUGAAGAAGUGGACUAAACUGAUUUGGACUGGACUAUAGGAGCAGUUUCCACCUGCUCUUUUGUUGCCUCUGUUCUGUCAGUGCCAUCACUGGAGGGGUCUUCCUUACUUUGCUCUCAGCUAUACCUGGGAAGGUGCAGGCAACUUAGUGUGCCGCCAAGAGCGUUUUGUUUUGCUGUUCAGAUACCCAUACUUUUCGGUGGCUUUCCGUUUCUUCUGUUCAUUGUUUCAGAUGUGCACUCGAGCGUUUUGAUUGAGGGGGGAAAAAAAGACACACAUUUCAAGAGAGCAUGGAAAAUGUUACAAAAGUACCAAAAAGUCUUUUAAAAAUGUUGGUCUUGUUAUUUUGAAAUUUUGGUAAUAAAAGUUACUUGAACU